AUGCUUCCCAGGCAUCAUGCGAGCAAUGGAUACCCAAGGCACAAGAGCGAGAAGGAGGUCUAUUCAAUAUCCCCACACAGAUUCCAGCCUCGAACAACUCCCGCAGCGAUCCGUCGUCGGCGACAGCUCAUAUUUCGGUUCUCUGUCUGCAUGAUAAUUUUCCUCAUCUUCAUCUUCAUAUGGCCCGGCGCCUCCAUAUUUCCCAUUCUCUCACUGGGCUUUCUGUCGUCAGGAGAAGAUUUCCAAUUGGAAACUGUACGAUAUUACGAUCUUACGAAUGUUCAGGGGACGGCUAGGGGUUGGGAGAGGGAAGAGCGGAUACUCCUUUGUGCCCCUUUGCGCGACGCCGAGUCCCAUCUUCGAAUGUUCUUUGGACAUCUACGAAACUUCACAUAUCCUCACCACCUGAUAGAUCUGGCUUUCCUGGUCUCUGACUCGAAGGAUCAGACCUUGCCCCUGCUGUCACAAUUGCUAGAGGAACUACAAGCCGAUGAAGACCCGAAGCAGCCAUUUGGAGAGGUGUCCAUUAUUGAGAAGGAUUUUGGGCAGAAGGUUAACCAGGAUGUUGAAAGUCGUCAUGGUUUCGCUGCUCAAGCAAGCAGAAGAAAACUGAUGGCUCAGGCACGCAAUUGGCUGUUAAGUGCUGCUCUGCGACCUUACCACAGCUGGGUUUACUGGCGAGACGUGGAUGUUGAGACUGCACCUUUCACUAUUCUCGAGGAUCUGAUGCGACACAACAAGGAUGUGAUUGUACCAAAUGUUUGGCGACCCCUUCCGGACUGGCUUGGCGGCGAACAACCCUAUGAUUUGAACUCAUGGCAAGAGUCUGAAACAGCUCUGGCAUUAGCAGAUACACUGGACGAGGAUGCAGUCAUUGUUGAGGGAUAUGCUGAAUACGCCACCUGGAGACCCCAUCUUGCCUACCUUCGAGACCCAUACGGCGACCCUGAUAUGGAGAUGGAUAUCGAUGGUGUUGGAGGUGUUAGUAUCCUGGCAAAGGCGAAGGUUUUUCGCUCUGGUGUCCACUUCCCAGCCUUCAGUUUUGAGAAGCAUGCCGAAACGGAAGGAUUUGGAAAGAUGGCUAAGCGCAUGCAAUUUUCUGUCGUUGGAUUGCCUCACUACACCAUUUGGCAUUUGUACGAACCUAGUGUUGACGAUAUUCGUCAUAUGGAGGAAAUGGAGAAAGAGCGUGUAGCACAUGAAGCCGAAGAAAAGGAGCGUGCCGAUCGAAUGAAGAAGAUUAAGGAUCAAUUUGCGGACCCAAACAGUCAGUGGGAGAAGGACAAGACCGAUAUCCAAAACGAGGCACUGAAGGAAAAGAAAGAGAAGGAGAAAGCGGAGGCUGAAGCCACCUCGAAGGCCGAACCAGCAGCUGCUGCAAAACCAGAGACUAAACCAGACGCAAAGGUUGAGACGAAGGCCGAGGCGAAAGCUGAAUCUAAAGCCGAGACCAAGGACGACUCCAAGCCUGCAGCGAAAGUAGCUACUACGCAGGAUACACCGGCAAAGGCACAAUAA